GCUUUGUGACGCGCCGCGCUGUUCCGCUCCGCAAGUCGCCACCUUGAAUCUCCGGAGGUUCUGGGCGAGGCCUGUGAUUUGUUUGUUCAUUUUGCUUGAAGGACACAAUGUUUUCCAAACUAGCACGUUUACAAGCGUUUGCUGUACCUCGCCGUGGAGUUCAUUCUUCGGUGACUUGUGCCACAUCCGUUGCAACUAAGAAGACAGUCCAAGGCCCUCCCUCCUCUGAUGCCAUUUUUGAAAGGGAAUCUAAAUAUGGUGCACACAAUUACCAUCCGUUACCUGUGGCUCUGGAGAGAGGGAAAGGUGUCUAUGUGUGGGAUGUAGAAGGCAGAAAAUAUUUUGACUUCCUGAGUGCUUACAGUGCCGUCAGCCAAGGGCACUGUCACCCCAAGAUUGUGAAUGCUCUGAAGAGUCAGGUGGACAAGCUUACCUUAACAUCCCGGGCUUUCUAUAAUGAUGUACUUGGUGAAUACGAGGAGUAUAUUACUAAGCUUUUCAAGUAUCACAAAGUUCUUCCUAUGAACACAGGAGUGGAGGCUGGCGAGACUGCCUGUAAACUUGCGCGGCGGUGGGGCUACACUGUGAAGGACAUUCCGAGAUACAAAGCAAAGAUUGUUUUUGCAGGUAUCAUGGUAGAGCCAAUUCAGGGUGAAGCAGGCGUUGUUGUUCCUGACCCAGGGUACCUCGUGGGAGUUCGAGAACUCUGCACGAAGCAUGAGGUCCUGUUUAUUGCUGAUGAAAUACAGACAGGAUUGGCCAGAACUGGUAAAUGGCUGGCUGUAAAUCAUGAAAAUGUUAGGCCUGACAUAGUUCUUCUUGGAAAGGCCCUUUCUGGGGGCUUAUACCCUGUGUCCGCGGUGCUAUGUGAUGAUGACAUAAUGCUGACCAUUAAGCCCGGGGAGCAUGGGUCCACGUACGGCGGCAAUCCACUGGGCUGUCGCGUGGCUAUCGCAGCCCUGGAGGUUUUGGAAGAAGAAAAGCUUAAUGAAAAUGCCGAGAAAAUGGGUACUAUCUUGAGAAAUGAACUCAUGAAGCUGCCCUCUGACAUUGUAACUGCUGUAAGAGGAAAAGGACUGUUAAAUGCUAUUGUUAUUAGAGAAACCAGAGAUUAUAAUGCUUGGAAGGUAUGUCUGCGGCUGCGUGAUAACGGGCUUCUGGCUAAGCCCACCCACGGCCACAUCAUCAGGCUGGCCCCUCCGCUCGUGAUCAAAGAGGACGAGAUCCAGGAGGCUGUGGAAAUCAUUACCAAGACCAUCCUGUCUUUCUGAGGGUAGGCACAGUUCAUCGGUCCCUGGGAGCCGGCUGGACAGAGGUGACCUGUGAAGAGCUCUGCUCUAAAGGGACGUGCAUUAUAUCCCAGCGUGUCUUCAGAAGCUUUUAAAAAAUAUAUGUGUGUUUUUUUCAGUUGAUAAGAGUGACAUUUGCAAACAUGUAGUUGGCUGUGUGAAGAAACUAAGAAUGGAUGGGGAACUGGGGAUAUAGCUCGGUGGCACAAGUGCUUGUCUGGCAAGCACAAGGUCCUGAGUUUGAUUCCUAGUACCCCCCCAAAAAAAACCCCACAAAUGGUAGCAAAGUUAAAAAAAAAAAAGAAUGGAUGUAUUCUGUAUAUGACUAUGUAUGUUUCCUAAAGUGAAACAAUUCUGUCUGUAUCUAAAGUCUUCAAGUCCUUUGGUAUAAUUGACAUACUUUUUUAUAAUUUCCUUGCUGGUAUAAAUGUUUUAUAUUUGAAAAAGUUAUCUGGGAUAGUAUGUUAAAGACUUGCUUAACCUUAUAUAUUAAUAAUUGUUGAGGAAUCAUAUAUACAAGAGUAAUGUUUUUAGUGUUAAUGGUCAUGAUUAACCAUUAACAAAAUGCAAGUUAAGAACCCAAUAAGAUUUAUCACAUUGCCCUUGGAAAGGCUAAAAUACAAAUCAGUGGCACUGCCAAAUGCUAGUGAUGAUGCUGAGAAGCUGGAACUGUCAUUUAUUUUUGAUGGGCUUGUAAAAUGAUGGAGCCACUCUACAAA